UGUAGGAAUGACAAUUAAGGUACUGUUACUGAAUACACUUGUUUUCAAUUAAACAAUAUUUUGAAAUGUAUUGAAACCACAUACAUAUGCUUGAAAGAUAUGAACUUGUCAUUGGUAAUAGCAAAUUUUACAGCCAUACAAUUGCAGUGCAGAAAACAACAACAUUUAAAUGUAGCUAUCUUCUUUGGCCUCCCACCAUAAUAAAACAAACUGUGCUUAUCUAUCUAUGUCUCUGUCUAACAAAGCUGAGGACACACAUACACAGUGCUUUUGUUCGUGCUGGGGUCCUGAGUGCUGGGGUUCAGAGCAGGCAGGCAGCUGAGCCCAGUCUUGCAGUCUUGUGCAUUCUCAGGGACGUGCCUGGAGUGGACAAAUCAUGCUCAUUGGGUGGGAGAGGGACUCAGCGCUGUACCCAAGAUGAAGGAGGAGAGGAGGAAGACUUCCUUGAAAGAAGACACAGCCAUUCCUUCGCUAUUUUCACUCUUCGGCCUCCUCCUUCUUUUCCAGGCAGGUAAGUGAACCCUUUCAAACUUCAUGACUUACUUUUUGGGAAACACAAUGUGGUAAAGAACUAGUGGCUGAAUCAGGAAUGAAUAGAUCGUUUGAAUGAAUAGAUAUGUGACUAUAUUGGCAAAUAUGUUUAUCACAUUGUAGUCAGGUAAUAUGUGAUAAGGCGAUCAAGUAGAGAUAUUUGAGAUUUACACAGCUGUCCUAUUUCAAUUCACAAAUUAUUUUUACAUUGUUUUGUUAGCAAAUUCAUUUGAAAAUGUAUUUGGUUUAUAAUACAUCAUUUGGUUGUGACCAUUGUUCCUUUAUGUACUUUAUCAAUUAAUUAAAUACUAUGUUAAAGUAAGCUAAGUGCUGUACAACAUAUUUAAUUGGCCCAGGCAGUGUAAAUUGUUUUGUCCUGGAGUACCCUCUGUGUGGAUUAGCUCCAAGGCACAGGUCUAUUCAGCCAUACAGCUGUAGUGAAAAGAGCCUGGGUGAGCUGAGCUGUUGUUGGGAUGUAAAUGGGGGAAGCAUAGGUUAAGCAUUAUGAUAUUACGAGAAGAGGUUUUGGGGGACUUGGAGUUGGAGUUGGAGCCCAGGCGAGGCAGUGGUUGGGGUUUCUCUGCAUUAGGAGCCUGGCUCAGCCUGCUUCUGCUGUGUGGCUGUGUGUUGUGUCAUUGUGACCAUCCACUACUAGCAGAAUCACUGAACCCUUGUGUCUCCUGCUUCUACAAUCACAAAGAGCAUGUCUCUCCCAGUGGCCUUUUAUACCACGGGAGGGAGGAAAUCAGUCCAACAAUCCUGGCCUUUGUCCCCCCCCCCCCCCCCCCCCCCCCCCGACAACCUCCUUCAGGCUGAAAAUUGUUGCCACGACGAUCAAGCGAUGCCACGCAUACACGCUACAGGGAGCAGAGCUGUGGCCGAGGAGGGUCGGUGCCAGACGCUCUCUCUCUCUCUCUCUAUUGCUCCAGCAUGACAUGCAACAGCCCAUCCGUUAGGUACAACGCCCAUCAGUGGCUCUAGCCAAUGGCUACAUGUGGUCGAGGAUGUGGUGACUUAAUGGAAACUCCACUGUGAGUAUAAUGGCGUUACUGUGUGUGGUUUCCAGGGCAGAACGAGACUCUAAAGGAUUAUAUGUGGGUUAUGUUGUAAACCAUCCUCCUGUAUGCUCAAGGGGGAUCCAUUAAUGGUACACAAAUCAAAACAGAUGUAAUAUGUUGGCCUUAUUUGGAGAGGUCCUGUCCUGUUAUUGCAUUUUCACUGAAUGAUUGACUGUGGUAAAAAUGAGGAGGUUCGAGGGCGCCGUUUUCACUUGUAGAUUUAACUGGAUUUUGAGUAGUCUUGAUUUCAAAAGUCUGCUUUCAAGAAUAAAAGUUAGAUCUACUCCUGGACUAAUUUAGGGAAUGGAGUGAAAAAUAUAGGCCCAUAUCUGACUUUAUUUCAUACUGUAUAUCUCUGAACGCAUAUAAAGACAAAAUACCUUAUAAAGACAUUAGGACCUUAUACUAGAGCAGAUCACUCUGCUUGUAGUGAACGUGGUUACGGUAAUCAACCACUUACAGCCAUCAAAUCGUCCUGCACGCAUGCGAUCACUAUAUCCUGCACUGUAUGGUCUGCCACAGUGUUCACUGAACGUCAUGUGUUGGGCUGUGUCCAUGUAGUCAGAGUAGCUGGCGUCAACAUCACCAGUCAGGCUCAUCUGGUCCGAGGCACGUUGGGUGGCGAGGCCCUCCUCUCCGUCAGCUACACCAGCACCAGCUCCGACCAACCGGUCAUCAAGUGGCAGCUGAAGAGGGACAAGCAGCAGCCCGUCACCGUAGUCCAGUCCAUAGGCACCAGCAUCAUCGGGAACCUGAGGACCGAGUACAGGGACCGUAUCAUGGUGUUUGAGAACGGGACCUUGCUCCUCCACAACCUGCAGCUGUCUGACGAGGGGGCCUAUGAAGUGGAGAUCUCCAUAACGGAUGAUGCCUUCACUGCGGAGCGCAACAUCAACCUCACCGUAGAUGGUAGGAAGGUUUCCUCUGUAGCUCAUUUUCAUAGAGCAUGGCGCUUGCAACGCCAGGAUAGUGGCUUCUAUUCCCAGGACCACCCAUACAUACACUGUAUGUAGAAUAUUUAGGCACGCAUGACUGUAAGCCGCUUUGGAUAAAAGCGUCUGCUAAAUGGCAAAUUUAGUUACUAUUUCAGUGAUUGAUAUUGUAUUUACAAUACGGCUCAGGCUACCAUAUAAAAUGAACAGUCCAACAACUGACCAACUAUUGACCGUAGUGACCUUAGUGAAUUUACAUCACACAAUGCUAUUCCAGACAGAGGUGUAAGGCUAAAAAGUGUGGUCACACUUUAAACAAAGUUUAUCUAAUAGCAGCCUUUAGAAGUUAUUUCUAAGGCCUACUUUAAAAAGUACCCAGCUUGUUAUUUCUUCACAAAUCGUUUACUGGUAUAAGCAUACUAUGUAAACAGUGGAAUACGGGUUUAUAUAGUCACCUGUAGUGAAUCUAUUUGACAUGUUGUGUAUUGACCCCACAGUACCUGUGUCCAGACCCCACGUCCAAAUGAUAGCCUCCUCUGUGCUGGAGUUGAGUGAACUCUUCACCUUACACUGUUCCCACGGCGAUGGCACCAAGCCCACCUAUGGCUGGCUGAAAGGGGGCAAGGUGCUGACCAAUGACUCGCGCCUGCGCCUGUCACAUGACCAGAAGUAUCUGACCAUCGCCCGAGUGCUGAUGUCAGACGAUGACAUCUACAGCUGUACAGUGGAUAACCCAAUCAGUAGCAUGAGGAGUGUGCCUGUCAAACUCACUGUCUACAGUAAGUAGAACUACUUGCUCCUUAGUAAGCAUAUUUAUCUUGAUUGCUUCAACAUGUACCUGUCAGAGAAAGGUUGAGAUACAAGUUCAUUAUCAAGAAACCUAAUUGAUACAAGCUUAGAGGGACAGCCGUGGAACAUGCAGACUGCAGCGAGAGAGAGAGAGAGAGAGAGAGAGAGAGAGAGAGAGAGAGAGAGAGAGAGAGAGAGAGAGAGAGAGAGAGAGAGAAUAAUCCAGUGAAAAGCAUGAGUUAUUUAUGAGGGCCAGUAGAUAAAGGAAGCCGGUGGAGCUGAGGUCUUGCCUCAGUGGAGCACACUAAUCCUUACUUCAUUAUUCCCCUACUGAGACAAGGGCUGUGUACCAAAUGACACUCUAUUCCCUUUAUAGUGCACUACUAUUGACCAUGAUCCAUAGGGCUCUGGUCAAAAGUAGUGCACUAUAUAGGGAAUGUGGUGCCAUUUGGGACGCUACCACAGAGCGACGAGAGAUCAGCUAGCCCAGUAAGGGUCCUGUAUUCCCUCCGUACAUACAGCCCUGUACAAAGUCUCAAAGCAGACCCUUUCAAUCGUAGCUUUCACACACAGACCUGGCUGGCACAGCUAGUGCUGGAAAGCCUGGUUGCAGAUCUGUUUGUGCUGUCUUGCCAACUCCUAUCGUCAUUGUUGCGCCAAAAGUUGGCAAAACAGCACAAAUAGAUCCAGUACCAGGCUAGGAGAACCUAGCAUUUUUACGCAUUCUGGAACGGUUCCAUUUUAUUAGAUGUUAUUGGGGCCUCCACUAAAAGUUCUACAGUGGAGUGUGUAAAGACAGGCCUAUAGUAGAGAAAGAGGAGAGUGUAGCUAAUUUCCAGAGCCCGAGAGGUGACAUCUUUGUCCAGUCCGAGUGGACUCUUUGCUUGUACAGUGGUGAAGUGUUUGCGGUGUGUAAGAACGGGCUACUCUGUUGACCAUAGGCUUCAUUCCUUUGCUAGGACGGAGUUCCCUGUAUAUCAUUCUUUCCACCGGGGGCAUUUUCCUCCUCAUCACCCUGGUGACUGUGUGUGCCUGCUGGAAGCCCUCCAAAAAGUAAGAGCUCCACAUUGUGCCUCCAUCUCCCUAUUUGCUUUGAUAUGUCUCAAGGACCAGAACUAAGCACUGGGCAAGGAGCAGGCGGCUAGAUUUGUAAUGCCCUGGCCUAGCUCUCUACUACUCUGCAGUCCUGCAGGCGCAUGUCCAAUGUUACACUAACGUUCUGACACUGAUAGCAUCAUGUGGGAGGGAUUCUAUGUCUGUUGUUUACAAUGCAAUGAUAAUGGUAUCCCACUAGCCUGGUGCCAGAACUAUUUGUGCUGUAUAGCCUACUCCUAUGGUUGUUGUCAAUGUUGUGGCUAUACAGCACAAACAGAUCUGGGACCAGGCUAGAAUUACACUGCAGUAUUGCAGUAUUUUUGUUCUCGAGGAGACAGAAUGUAAAUGGGCCACUGCAUGAGUAUACAUGUGUAACACUCAUCUCCUAUCUGUCUAUCAUUGGGGUUAAGAAAGAAGCGGCGGGCUGACAUGGCAGCCAUGUUGCAGAGAUCUCCAGUAUAUGUAGAGAGGAGUGACAUCAGUCAGGACGGUAAGGGGAGAGAGGGAUGUGAGCUGUGUUUUUUGAAUGUGUGAUAUUCUUUGUUCCCCACACUAAUUAUUACGUUUAUUUAUUGUUUCUAUUUCAGAUAUUUGAAUGCAAACCUUUUUAGAUGGAUAGAUUUCACGGCAAAGUUUUUGCAGAGUAGGUCUACACCACAGGAAGCUGCUAAGGGGAGGAUGGCUCAUAGUAAUGGCUGGAAUGGAGUAAAUGGAAUGGUAUCAGACACAUGGUAACCAUGGAAACCACGUGUUUGAUGUGUUCGAUACCAUUCAAUUUAUUCCGUUCCAGCCAUUACUAUGAGCUGGUCCUCCCCAAUUAAGGUGCCACCAGCCACCUGUGGCCUACACACAUUGCUCAGUUUGUACAGUUGUUCACACAUUCUUUCAUUUGCAGUUGAUAUGGUGCCAAAAACAAUAGCCCAUGGGACACAUGGCCGUAGGAGCCCAAUGGCUCUUUACGUUGUCAAUGAAGAUGUAAGUCACUGAUUUUUCAAUUACUAAAGACUAGUUUAUUUUCAAGAAUGUCGCUAGUUUUCCAUUAUUUUUUCUGCUUAACUCUAUUCCUUCAUUGUUGUUGCAGGACAGUCUCGAAGGUGAGGACGAGUGUUCAGCCAACUCCAUCAGCCCCUCAGACCUCGCCCUGCCCGGUUACCCCAGCCCCCUCCCACCGUCCUCCCACUCACCCGAGGCACCCACCCGGACCGUCCGCAAAUACCCUCGUACCCCUGUGCCCUCACCCCCUGCCACCCCACUCAAGCCCCCUGGCCAGCCACUUGUCAUAUCCUCAGCUCCACCCCCUGGUUCACCUCCACAUGUCCAGAGCUCAGGGCGUAAACUCCGCCCUCCUGUGGGCAUCCCCACCAAUCAACAGACAGAUGAGCCCCCGGCCACCCCAAAGGCCGACAACCAGGAU